AUGGAUGGAACUUGGGUUCUUAUUUUGCUAGCUUUGGUAAUGUUAAUUGGGUCAUAUGUGGCUGGAAGUAUACCCCUAAAUGUGAAUAUGUCUGAGGAUAAACUCCAAAAAGUCACAGUGUUCGGAGCAGGUUUACUUGUUGGUACCGCUCUAGCGGUGAUUAUACCAGAGGGUGUUCGUUCACUAUUCAGUGAGAGAUCUAUGCCGACAAUUGUUACUAAAGACUACACAGCAGAACCGCCAGGCCAUGACGAUGAUCUUCAUUCAGUCAUUGGAAUAUCAUUAGUUUUAGGAUUCGUGUUCAUGUUGCUGGUUGAUCAGAUGUCGUCGAGAUUCAACGAUUCCACCAACCCAGUGGAGAAAAAUGUCACAGCUACUGUCGGCCUAGUAGUGCAUGCGGCUGCUGACGGGAUUGCUUUAGGCGCUGCUGCGACCACGUCACACGCGGAUGUAGAACUGAUAGUGUUCCUGGCCAUCAUGUUGCAUAAGGCACCUGCUGCGUUUGGACUUGUCACUUUCUUAUUGCACGCCGGUUUGGAUAGGAAUCGGAUUCGUAAACAUUUGUUGAUAUUCUCGUGUUCGGCCCCCCUUCUUGCCAUGUUGACGUACUUCGGUAUUGGCAAUGAAAGCAAACAGACUCUGAGCGAUUUCAACGCCACUGGUAUAGCUAUGUUAUUCUCGGCAGGUACGUUUUUGUACGUUGCAACUGUACACGUGUUACCAGAACUCACACACAAACAUUCCCACACUCACACACUCUUACCCGUCCAAGAAGGUGUGUUACCAAAAAAAGGUUUUGGUGGUUUGCAAUUCUGCGAAAUGUUAAUAUUAACUGUUGGUGCCCUUUUACCAUUACUAUUAACUAUGGGGCAUAAGCAUUAA